AUGAAGUUCACCACCUGUCUCACCGUCCUCCUGGCUGCGGUCACCCAAGCACAAGCGGCGUCCGUCUUUGCCCACUUCAUGCUCAUCAACACCAAGAAUUUCACUCUCAGCGAAUUUGAAGAUGACUUUAAGAUCGCCAAGGACGCUCACAUCGAUGCCUUCGCCCUCAACAUGGGCCUGACGGACCCCAACACCAACCAGUCCCUUGAGACUGCCUUCGUCGCCGCCAAGAACGUCGGAUUCCAACUCUUCUUCUCCUUCGACUACAACGGCGGCUACCACGGGGGCAAGCCCUGGCCUAAGGAGACUAUUCUAGACAUGGCAGAGAAGUACUUCAAGCUCGACGAGUACUUCAAGUAUGCCGACAAGCCCCUCGCCUCGACCUUUGAAGGCACAGAGAAUGCCGAGGAUUGGAUCGAUAUCAAGAACCAGACCGGAGCAUUCUUCAUUCCCGAUUGGUCCUCCGUGUCUCCCGAGGACGCACUGGCACUAGGAGGCGGUGUUGCUGAUGGACUUUUCAGCUGGAACGCGUGGCCUGUCGGCGACAAGGACAUGACUGACAAGAGUGAUGCUGCGUAUGCCUGGGCCCUGAAAGGCAAGCCUUACAUGAUGCCCGUCUCCCCCUGGUUCUACACCAACCUCCCUGGCUACAACAAGAACUGGGUGUGGCGAGGCGAUGAUCUCUGGUACGACCGCUGGAACCAGGUGAUGGACGUGAUGCCUGCCUUUGUUCAAAUCAUCUCCUGGAACGACUAUGGUGAAUCACACCACAUUGGCCCCGUCCGCACCAAUGCCAUGGAAGCGUUCGAAGUCGGCGAAGCCCCCUUCAACUACGCCCUCGACCACCCCCACGACGGCUGGCGGCACUUCCUCCCCUACCUCAUCGACAGCUACAAAGCCGCUGUGCCCCCUGCGAUCAAAGACGAAGCCCUCAUGACUUGGUACCGCGGCUCGCCGGCCCUCGCCUGCAAGGACGGAGGCACCACGGCCAACACCGUCGCCCACGACCAAGAGAUUCUCACGGCGGCCCAGGUCGUCCGGGACAAGAUCUUCUACUCUGCUCUCCUCACGUCCGGUGCAGAGGUCAUCGUCUCCGUCGGAGGCAAGGCGCAGAAGGGCAACUGGACCUCGACCCCUGACGGCGGCAAGGGCGUCUACCACGGAAGCAUUCCCUUCCUGGGCACUGGCGACGUCGUCAUCACCAUGACCAAGUACGGAACCGAGAUCGCCAAGAUCGAUGGAAGAAAGAUCGCAGAUGAGUGCCCCAGCGGCAUGACUAACUGGAACGCAUGGACCGGCAGCACAAAUGCCCUCCAUGUCGACGAUCCAAGCCCUUCGCCCACCCAGACUGGCGGUGGUCCUCAGUCCACGGCCAGUGACAAUGGAUCUGGGGCAUCCAAUUUCUCGCAAAGCGGCUUGAUAUACGCUAUAGUUGCCCUCGCCAGCUUGGCUGUUGCAGGUAUAGUAUGA